AUGGGCAUCGCACCGCCACUACAGAGCAGCAGGCUCUUCGAGCCCCUCAACAUUGGCACCAUGAAGCUCGCCCAUCGCGUCGUAAUGGCACCAUUGACCCGCUUCCGCGCCGAAGACGACCAUGUCCUCCUCCAAAUAGCGGAAGACUACUAUGAGCAGCGCGCCAAAGCCGUGCCUGGAACUUUCAUCAUCUCAGAAGCCACCAUGAUCUCACCGAGAGCCUCCGGAUACGCCAAUGUCCCUGGGAUCGAGGCCAAAGCACAGAUCGAGCAGUGGAGAAAGAUUGUCGACAAGGUACACAAAGCGGGCUCAUACAUCUACUUGCAGCUCUGGGCGCUGGGGCGUGUCGCGGACCCAAGUGUUAGGAAGGCUGAGGGACACCCUGCAGAGGUGGUUUCGAGUAGUGCUGUUCCUUAUGAGGAGGGUGCCCCAGUACCAAGGGCGUUGGAAGAAGAGGAGAUUCAGCAAUUUAUUCAGGACUAUGCCGACGCGGCGAAGAUUGCCGUUCAUGAGGCUGGAUUCGAUGGCGUGGAAAUACAUGGUGCUAAUGGAUACCUGAUUGAUCAGUUCACUCAAGAUACUUGCAACAAGAGGACGGAUCGAUGGGGUGGAAGUAUUGAGAACCGGUCGAGGUUUGCGGUGGAGGUGACGAAGGCGGUAAUCGAAGCUGUUGGCGCGGAGAGGACGGGAUUGCGCCUUUCUCCGUGGUCACAAUUUCAAGGAAUGAAGAUGGCGGACCCGGUUCCACAGUUCGAGCAUCUUAAUAAGGAGUUGAAAAAGCUCAACCUUGGCUAUCUCCAUUUGGUCGAGUCGAGGAUCAGCGGCAACGCCGAUGUCGAGGCCACUGAGAAGGUCGACCCAUUCGUUAAGGUGUGGGGCAAGACAUCGCCGGUUCUUCUCGCCGGCGGGUUGAAGCCAGACAGCGCAAAGAAGGCGCUUGACGAGGAGUACAAGGAUAUCGAGAUGGCGGCUGUGUUUGGACGUUACUUCAUCCCUAACCCCGAUUUGGUUUACAGGCUGCAGCAUGGCUCGAACCUCAGAGACUACGACAGGAACACCUUCUACACACCCAAGAGCAAGGUUGGUUAUGCGGAUUAUGAGUUCUCAGAGGAGUGGAAGAAACAGCAUGAGGCUUAG